GCUGAGCAUUUCACAUCUGUUCUGUGUGAUUUUUGGUAACAGGAGAUGACGUCAGAAAUUCAGCGUGUUGCUAAUUAAAACAAAGACAGUGGAUGCCACCCAGCCUGCUUUUAUCAGUGUUUUAGGAAAUUGUUAGUCGGAUUUGUUGAGGUAAUCUGAAUUCCUAAUGUAAUGUGACCACUGCAAGACAGGAAAUAAAUAGUUUGUUCUGUCUUUUCACGGGGGCUCUGCAGCUUGCAACUUUCUUCUGACGCUACGCAACUGUAGCGGUGCUUCCUUUGUUACUUGCAUAGGUCUGUGAGAUUAGAUAGCUUCAUGUACGAUGGCUGUUUAUAAUUUUAAAGAUCUGUUUCUAGUCAGAAGAAUGUUUGAUAGCAGCUUGCUUGUCGUUUCCACAAACAAUGCGACCAACGCCAAGCCUCAUGGAUGCAAUAACGGGGCCCUCAUGGACAGAUUCGGGGUUCUUAUCCAGGGUCUACUAGCAAUUGUUGCCUUCAGCACUUUGAUGUUAAAAAGGUUCAGAGAACCCAAAGGGGAGAGACGGCCAUGGAGAAUUUGGUUUUACGACACUUCUAAGCAGGCUAUUGGUGCCCUUUUUAUCCACUUUGCAAACGUGUUCCUGUCAAACCUCACUGAGGAGGAUCCGUGUUCACUAUACUUGAUGAACUUCCUGCUGGAUGCUACUCUGGGGAUGCUGCUGAUCUGGGCUGGAGUGAAAGCUAUCUCCUGUGUCGUGGAGUAUAAGCAGUUCACACUGCUAACCUUCGGAGAAUAUGGUGACCCUCCCCAGGCAGCCGCAUGGAUUGGACAGUGUGCUCUGUACAUGCUUAUCAUGGUCUUUGAGAAAACUGUGAUAAGUCUUGUUCUUCUUAUUCCUGGUUGGACCAAGCUUCAAGACGUUUUGUUGGAUUCUAUCCCAAAUCCACAGCUGGAGUUGGUGCUGGUGAUGCUGAUUGUGCCUUUCAUAGUCAACGCAAUUAUGUUUUGGGUUGUGGACAGCUUGCUAAUGCGAAAAUAUAAAAACAAGACGACCCCAGAGAGUCCAGAAAGCAGUAAAUCUGUAGAGGUUUCAACAAGGAUAGUCGAUGAAGAGUCACAGGUGCUUUUGGCUGCUGAAAAUGACACUGACCCAUCAGAGAGUGAACACGACGGAGACUCCAUACAAGAUCCCUGCAAGAUACAGAUAAUGGACUCUUCUUACUCUCAACAAGUGUAGAUGCAGUUCCCUCAGGCAAGGAGAGAACAGCCUUUUGAAUGCUGUUUCAACACUCCCAUCGUAACUAAUGUCCCACUUCAUUCACUGACAUUAUACAUAAGCUUAAGUAUACAUUUUGUUGUUGACUGUGAAGAACAUAUAAUAUUAAACAUGGGUAUUCCAUGUUCUGAGAAACAACUUUAUGUAAAACUUAAGUCUGUAUCUUGCAUAGCAUUCUUUAAAUUUCUGAAAUAUACUGUGAAUUCAGUCUAGACAGGUGACUUAUUUUUCAGAUGCAGACCGUGAACCUUUUCUACUAUGACUUUAUGACUUGAACCUGAAAACUUUGCACCACUGACCAAUAUUUUAGUUUAUUUUUUUUAAUUUAGGAUUAUAUAUUUACAGGCUUGUCCAUGGUCAGUGAAGUUACCGAUUCAGUGCCAUUUAAGGACCAAAACCAUAUCCAAUAAAUUCUAAAAUAACAAUAUAGCAUGUGCCAUUAUUGGUCUUUGUUUCAUGCCUAAAUACACAGUAUAGUCUCACUGUUGGUUUUAUGCAGGUUGACAGUACAAUUUUCAUUGGUGUUCUCUGCCGUAGAGAUCUGAAGUUAGCUCCAAGUGCCAAUUGUUUAAGUAAUAACAGGUUGAAAUGGGAGUCUUUACCUGAAUAUUAACAAACGAAAAGAAUACUUUGUGUUUCAGCUAUUGAAAGCCAAAGCACUGGAACACUUCUCAAAAGAUUUUGUACAUUCUUGUUCAUUUUCUAUUAAAUAACUGUAUUUUGUUGCAAUAAAAAAUAAUGAAUCUAUUUUUUUAACCUUUUCAUAAACUGAAAACAUCUGUUACAUUUUGUUGAUUGAGAGUAUUGAGUAAAUAAAGUUUAAAUUUACCUCCUUUACUGUAAAGCUCAAUAAUUUGAGUUUUCAUCACAGACACACCACAACAAACUAUCUAUUCAGCAUUACAGUGUUAAUGUUAUCUAUAGUGACCACAAUCAAAUUACAUUUUUGUGUACACAUGUAUUUUUAGAUUGCUGUUAUUGGAAACAUUAUGGAAAAUGCAUUUCGAACUGUUAUUUUGAUUUUAAAAAAAAAAAGUUAUGUAUAGUGGGGUUUUUUUUGUGUGUUAUUCCUCAAGUGCCAGUUCUUUAUGAUGGAUUACACUGAAACUGAAACUGAUAAUAAAAGUCAGCAUUGUGAAAUAA